UGAUGAUUGAAACGUGAAAGUGAAACAUAAAACAAUAAAGAGAAAAAGGUGGAGGUUAGAUUAGAUUGGUUUUUGAAAAAAAAGUUAGGCGAAGUAUUAUUUUGAAUUAGAGUAGGGAUUGGAAUACAUCCAUUUGACCAACAAAGAGAGAGAGGAAGGGAUAUCUGUUGAUGGCGUCGUCUUACUUGUCAUGGUAGACGGAGUUUGACAUAUACUAAAAAGAUGGGAGGAGGGAAUUCUAAAGAAGAUUGGAGGCAAGAGCCGCCAUCGUCAUCAUCAACAACAACAACAACAUGGGCUUCUCAUCAAAGUUAUCCUCAGUCUGGACCUGGCAGCUACAACUAUCCUCCUCCACCCUCUUUUUCUCCAUCUCCUGCUCCCAGUUUUGGUGCUCAGCCGCCUCCUCCUCCUUAUACUCAAGAGGAAGGCUAUGCUUAUCCUUAUCCUCCCCCACACCCUCCUCAUCCUCCUACUGAUACGAAGAAGUUUGAUCGCAGGUAUUCCAAAAUAUCCGAUAACUACGCCUCUUUACAUCAGGUGUCAGAGGCUCUAGGACGUGCAGGUCUUGAAUCCUCUAAUCUUAUCCUCGGUAUUGAUUUCACCAAAAGCAAUGAGUGGACAGGCGCCAAGUCCUUUAAUAAGAAAAGCUUGCAUCAUAUCAGCACCUAUACUCCCAAUCCUUACGAGCAAGCUAUCACUAUCAUUGGACGAACCUUAGCCUCCUUUGACGACGAUAACUUAAUCCCUUUUGGUUUUGGUGACGCAUCAACUCAUGAUCAAGACGUGUUUAGUUUCUAUCCAGAGGGUCGAUCCUCUAAUGGAUUUGAGCAAGUUUUGGCUCGCUACAGAGAUAUUGUCCCUAACCUUAAGCUCGCAGGACCAACAUCUUUUGCUCCCAUCAUUGAAAUGGCGAUGACAGUUGUUGAGCAGAGUAGUGGCCAAUACCAUGUGUUAGUGAUCAUAGCCGAUGGACAGGUAACAAGAAGUGUGGAUACGGAACAUGGGCAGUUAAGUCCCCAGGAACAGAGGACUGUUGAUGCAAUUGUGAAAGCAAGUACACUUCCUUUGUCAAUAGUGUUAGUCGGGGUGGGGGAUGGACCAUGGGACAUGAUGCAGGAAUUUGAUGAUAACAUACCUUCCCGAGCUUUUGAUAACUUCCAAUUUGUGAACUUCACUGAGAUCAUGUCAAAGAACAAAGAGCAGUCUCGAAAGGAGACGGAGUUCGCACUCUCUGCUCUCAUGGAGAUUCCUCCACAGUACAAAGCCACCAUCGAGCUUGGCCUUUUAGGGCGAAGAAAUGGGAGUAUCCCAGAGAGAAUCCCACUUCCACCUCCGGCGGUACUGCAGAGUGGAGCAACAUUCUUCAAGCCGUCACCAAUACAGAGUUAUGAACCGAGUGUACCUACUUUUCCGAUGGAGAGCAAGAAUAUGACCAGCAGUAUGGACGACAACCAGCUAUGCCCGAUAUGUCUGAGCAAUCCUAAAAACAUGGCCUUUGGUUGCGGCCAUCAGACAUGUUGUGAAUGCGGUCCAGGCCUUAAGGUGUGUCCUAUUUGCCGUGCACCCAUCCACACCAGAAUUAAGCUCUACUAAAUGCACCAACUCUAGGCUCCAUCCUCUUCAAAUAUAUUUCACAACUUUCUUGUUAAAAAAAAAACAAAAUGUUCUUUUGUUCUUUGAUUGAAUUCAGAAACUUAGCUGUUCUGUUGUCUCUUUAGCUACUUUGCUUGGGUUGCAAGUUUGAUUUUCUGUUGAUUGAUUGAUCUGUCGAAAGAUGCUUUGCUUGCUUCUGUAUUAUCUAUCAUUUCCAACC